UUUUUUUUUUUUUUUUUUUUUUGGAGCCCCUCCUUCGCACUUUAACUACAACUGCUAAUAGAGCUGACCACUCUACAGCAAUACUACCCUGUACAUAUUACCAAAACUCCCUCCCCUCCCCCCUCACCCCUCCCCUCAAGCACGGGCAAAAAAAAAAAAAAGAAACCAGCCUAUUAAUUCAACAUGACGGAAUCGUACCACUCAUACCACGAUCACGACCAUCCGUACAACAACAACAAUAACGCGGGUGUUGACUUUCGACUGCAUGCCACCUCGAGUGCGAUUGAACGCUUUCUGGAAUCCUUAAAUCGCCAGUCUCCGAUCAACCUCGAAUUCCUCACUCGACCGUUCGGUAAAGCAUCCAUAAGCCGUGUUCAUUCGCUAGAGACAAUCUAUGCCCAGUCACGGCUAUUCCGCUUUCUUGUACGGAAAGGAGUCAAUCCGAUCCUUCUGUUUGUGAGCUUGACGGCAGGGAUUGCAGGUGGAGUUCGGCGAUUUUACAAACAGUCAACACGGCUCGCGCUGAAUCUCGUGGGUGUUGUCUACCCCGCUUGGCAGUGUUGGCGACUUGUUAAGGAGCAACAACAACAACAAGAAGAAGAAGUUGAAGAACAAGCAACACAUGGCAGCAGCAGCAGCAGCAGUGCGGUUGAGCGUGAACGUGAGUACAAGUCAUGGCUCACCUAUUGGAUUAUCUAUGGCACGUUUCAAGUGCUCGAUAACUGGACAUCCGAUAUCCUCUCAUUAUUCCCCAACUACAACGUCUACAAACUCGCCCUCUUGUACUGGUUACAAAGCCCGCAUUCCAAGGGAGCAUCGCUCCUCUGUCACCAAGUGAUCCAGAAGCCCAAUUAUCCUGCUUCUGCUCCGCCUUACACACCUACAGCCUCGUACAGCAUCCCUUCCUCCCCAGAGUCUCACCAUGCAGAAGAUGUCGUUCUCCAUGAGCACCAACACCACGACGACGACGACGACGACCACCACCACCACCACCCUCUGACGCUGACAAUUGAACAACCUGCAAAAUCUACUACUACUACUUCGAUCCUUGAUGGAUACACCCCAACCCUGCAGCGGCAGGAACCAUCCGUAAUAACGGAGAAACAGCAGGAACAAUAUCCGCUACUCGAAGCAGAAGCUGCAUGGUAAAAAAAAACUGUUUCUAUCUCUCAUCAACAAGACACCUCAUCACCGUCAUUUUUUUCUUUUGUCGAAUCCCUCCUCUUUUACCCGCUCAUCCCUCUCUUCCUACUCCAACAUCCCAUCCUCAGAAAGACACACUCGACUCACAGUCAAUAUAUAUAUAUAU